GUGCUUUGGGGGCCAGCCAGUUCAGACCGAGGUUUUUCAGUUUGUCUGUGCAAAGAAAUGGAUUUAAGUAUGUGAAUGCAAGUGCCCUGGAUCGCCCUACAGACGUUAGAUCCAUCGCGGACAGAGCUGCACAAUACUUGUUCAUGACAGAACUGUUUAGAGGUUUGGGUAUGACAUUGAGCUACCUGUUCAGGGAACCUGCGACCAUCAACUACCCAUUUGAAAAGGGACCACUGUCGCCACGCUUCAGAGGAGAGCAUGCUCUGCGCAGGUGUGAACAUUUUCCUUCAUUUUAUAACAUUUGUGUCCAGGCCAUUACAAUCGAGGCCGAGACCAGAGCUGAUGGUAGCCGAAGGACAACUCGCUAUGACAUCGACAUGACUAAAUGCAUCUACUGCGGUUUCUGUCAGGAGGCGUGUCCUGUGGACGCCAUCGUAGAGGGUCCUAACUUUGAGUUUUCCACUGAAACCCARGAAGAACUGCUCUACAACAAAGAGAAACUCCUCAACAAUGGAGACAAGUGGGAGCCUGAGAUCGCUGCCAACAUUCAGGCUGAUUACCUCUAUCGAUAGAAACACGUGUCGAAGGCUUGUCUGGUCCGUGUUCAUGUCUUUAACAUGUUAUUCUGUAUAUACUGUAAGAAGACAAACUCAUGGCUGUGCUUCAGGGUUGGCUUUAAGUUGUUAAAGACUAAUAAAACAGACGUUUCUCUUUAGAUUUGAUCUGUUCUGUCAUUGUUCAAAUUAAAUAUUUAAUACAAUAUUUAAAAAACAAACCAAUCCUGCUUGUGUGAUGUUUAAUGGCUUUCCACAGCAUAGUUGGGUUUAUUAUUCAACCUUCCAGUCAUGUAGGAGUAAAUAGGAUGUGAAGAAACAGAAAUUUAAAAUGAACCAUUUAUAAAUAUGAACAUUUAAGAACUAUUUGAAUAAUUAGUCUUCAGAUGGUUAUAAAAGAUCAUUGAUUUAUUAAUCAACUGCUACUUUCUAAGAGUUCCCAACUCAUCGUAAAUAAACAAGUUUUAUGUAAAACAAAUAUUUAUUUCUUUUUUGAUCAUUAUUGUCAAGUGAUUACGGACAGCCUAUGCUAAUUGUAGCUAGAUGCUAAUGUCCACAAGUGUGCAAAAGUUUUAAUGAUGAAUGUCACUUCAGAUUUCAACUCUUGAUACAGAGAAUAAAAUUCUGAAAAACA